GGGACACUAUAAAAAGGAGUGGGGAAAGCGAAGAGAGGCGAAGAGGAGCAGGGGAGAAAGGAUGGGGAUCCGGUUCGUCGUGCUGGUGAACAAGCAGGGGCAGACGCGUCUGGCGCAGUACUACUGCGACCACAUGACCGUCUCCGAGCGCCGCGCCCUCGAGGCCGAGAUCGUCCGCAAGUGCCUCGCCCGCACCGACCACCAGUGCUCCUUCGUUGAGCAUCGGAACUACAAGAUAGUGUACAGGCGCUACGCGUCGCUGUUUUUCCUGGUCGGAGUUGACAACGACGAGAAUGAGCUAGCAAUCUUGGAAUUCAUACAUCUCUUGGUAGAAACUUUAGAUCGCCAUUUCGGAAAUGUGUGUGAACUUGAUAUCAUGUUACAUCUUGAGAAGGCGCACUUCAUCUUGGAAGAGAUGGUCAUGAACGGCUGCAUCGUUGAAACGAAUAAAUCAAGUAUUUUGGCACCAAUCCAGCUGAUGGACAAAGCUUCUUAGCUCUCUUAGGGAUUUUCUCCUGCUGUUCUUUCACAUUACAUCAGUUUUUGCUUCAUGCAUGUGUUUCCCUUUCCCUUUCUCUUUCUCCUUUGCGGUUACUUGCGUUGCACUGUGAUUGAUCUUUGUGGUCAUCAUUGUUAGUUUCCAGUAGUUAUCUGUUAUAGAUAUUGCUGUAAAAAUAUUGGAUUUUUUUUUAUAUUAUUUUGUGAACCUGGCCAUAGGCCCCAUACUGGAAGGAA